AUGGUAAAGGAAAUGGAAUCAUAUAGAUCUUUUGACAUGACAUGUUUAUUAUCUAAAGAAUAUAUCGAAAUUUUCGAAACUGGUGAAUUCUUCGAUACAGAAAUAUUGGUUGGCGAAAAUUCGAACACUAAAACUUUUCGUUUACAUUCUUUGAUAUUAAAAGUUCGUUCCCCUUAUUUUCGUAUUGCGCUUUCAAAUAAUUGGAAAAAAGUUGAAAAUAAUAUAAUUAAAUUUAAAAAGCCAAAUAUUUCCGUAAAAGUAUUCGAAAUACUUAUCAAGUAUAUGUAUAGCGGUAAACUCGAUCUUGAAAAUGAUGUAAAGACAAAUAUCGCAAUUUUAAUCGCAGCUGAUGAAUUAUGUCUUAAUGAAUUAUGCAUUUAUAUUGAAGAAUAUCUACUUGAGAACGAAGAGUUAUUAAAACAAAAUCUUAUUCUUAUACAAGAUAUUACAAGCAAGUUCACUCAGUUUAAAAAAUUGACACAAUUUUAUAACAAACAAGAUGAUUCCUUAAUUUUUCAAGCGAAUGAUUUCACUUCAAUUAAACAAGAAGUUCUUCUUGAUAUUAUUUCUAAACAACAUAAACUCGGUUUAAAACCCGUUGAAUUUUGGGAUAAAAUUAAAGAUUGGGCAAUAGUACAAUCUAGUGGGUUGACAUCAGAUACUACAAAAAAGUCUGAUAUUAAUAUAAAAUUAUUUAAAACCUUAAUUCAACCAUUUAUUUCAUUUAUUAAUUUUAAAAAGAUAAGUAAGAUAGAAUUUUUUCGAAAAGUUAAACCAUACAAAUAUGCAUUUGAUGAUAAAUUUUAUAUUGAAAUAAUGGAAUAUUAUUGUUUUGAUAAUAUUCAAUUAGUUAAUUAUAUAGAUUCUCAAAUGAUUAAUUUAAAAGAAGCAUCAUUUAUUGCUAAUUGGAUAAGUAUUAUGAAACAACAAAAAAAUGAUAUUACUUAUGAUUUUAAUUUACUUGUACGUGGUAGUAGAGAUGGAUUUAGUGAAAAAACAUUUCAUGAAUUUUGUGAUAAUAAAGGACCUACAAUUACUAUUGUUCGUGUUAAAAAUUCUAAUGAAAUACUUGGAGGAUUUAACCCAUGUAAUUGGAUAUCUGAAAUUGGUUAUAAUAGUGUUGAAGAAAGUUUUAUAUUUUCUUUAGAUAGAAAUAAUUUAGAAAAGUCCAUUUUUAGUAAAGUUAUUGAUAAUGAAAAUGCGAUUUAUAAUAGUGCAAAGUAUGGUCCAUGUUUUGGGGGUGGUGGAAUUUCUUCAGAUUUUGAAUUAUUUUAUAAGGAAAAACAAGGUCAAUGUAUUAAAGAAAGUUAUGAAAAAGCAAUUAGACAAGAUGAAGAAUAUUUUAAAGUUGAUGAUUAUGAAGUAUUUCAAGUUAUUAUUUAUAGUUCUUAA